CUGUCAUCGAUGGACUUGUUUCUGAAUGUCCUGCAUUUUUUAAGUGGAUGUGGUUUGUCAUGGAGUGGGCAGUUCUUGUUAGGGUCGUUGUUGAUUGUAGAAACAUCUGUUUUGUGAACUGUGACAGGCUUGUUGGUGUUAAAGCUCUUUACAGGUGACCUUUCUGGUUUUGUGAGGUUUACGCCGCUGCUUUGACGGAUAAAGCUGGGGUCGUUUCGUUUCUUUGCCUCAUGGCACACAAAGUUACAGAAGUAACUAAAGGGAGGGAAGCAGCCAUUGUUCUCUUCUUUGUACCACGACCCAGAUGACACCCACUUCUCCUGGAGUCCAUAUGGGAGUUUGUCUACUAUUGGUCCAAUACCUCUGGAGGUGUCUAAAUACGCCAGCCCUGUGAGAUAUCCAUCCCAAUCCACAAUACCUUUAAGAGAUCAAACUAAAACUCACUUGUACCUCACCAUCACAACAUGUAUCUCCUCAUUCUGGUCCUUGGAAUUGUGCUUCUCCCUGAAGCCAGUACCCUGAGAUGUUAUCAGUGCACACCAGGACCGGAUGGAAACUGCACGUACACAGCACAAUGCCCUUCAGAGAAGUAUUUGUGUGCUGUACAAAGAUACGUGUUUUAUAUAAAUGGUUCAGUUUGGAAUAGCACUAGAAGAUCAUGUGUUUUGCCUGAGGAGUGUGGAGAGCUCUCACUCAACUAUGGAUUCUACAGAGACGUAAUUGCCAGUAAAUGUUGUAACACUGACCUCUGCAACACCCAACCUCCCCCAGAGAUCACCCCACCUGUUCCAAGUGGCAUAAAGUGCACCACUUGUGAUGAACAAGGGUGCAACGCAGCUCUAAACUGCCUGGGGAAUGAGGACCGCUGCAUCUCAGCAACAGACUAUAUGCCUGGCCAGAUGGUGACUUUGAAGGCCUGCGCCUCUGAGGCAGCAUGCCACUACAUGCAAACUGCAUUGAUGACAGAAACCACUGCUGCAGAAGUGAACUGCUGUCAGAGCGACUACUGCAACAGCGGCAGCAGUACAAGUACUCCAACUACUAGUACAACUACUAUUACAACUACUACUCCAACUACUACUACAACUACUACUCCAACUACUACUCCAACUACUAGUACAACUACUACUACUCCAGCUACUAGUACAACUGCUAGUACAAGUGCUGGCCUCUUGUUGCUGGUGGCACCACUGAUCUCUUUGGUUCUGAGCUGAUGGAGAAAGAAGAAUCACUGCCCAGAUUUGCUUCAUAUCACUGUGUAGACUCGUAGCACUUACUGCCUCACACAUGACCCUAAGUUAUAUAUGAGAAGUAGAAAGUUUAAUAAACAACAGGAAAAAAUAAAAAUAUUUUCUGCUCCUA